AUGAUAUUUGAACAUCUUAAGAAAAGAUUGAUUAAAGAGCAAUCUUUAAAUAAUACAAUUAUAGAAAAUGAUGAAAAUAAUAAUAAUGAUAAAAAAUUACUUUUUUCUAAAGAUGAUUUAUUAAAACCAACAAAGAGUGCUUUCAUAGAACCAAAUAAUAAAGAAUGUGAAAGAGUUGUAACAAAGACAUUAAUGGAAGAAAUGGUAAAAUUAGGUUGUCUACCACCUGUCAUCAAAUGUAAACCAUGUAAAGAAGAAUCAUUCGGUUAUUUCGAACCUGGAAGUGGUUUAACUAUUUGUAAUAAUAUAAAAACAUAUUCAGUUACAUUGAGAAAUACGAUAUUGCAUGAGAUGAUACAUGCAUACGAUACUUGUAGAUACGAUUUAGAUACAGACAAUUGCAUUCAUUUGGCAUGUACAGAGAUUAGAGCAGCCAAUCUGAGUGGCGAUUGCAAGUUUUCACAGGAGCUGGGCAGAGGUAACCUGCACAUCUACAACCACAUGGCCGAUUGUACAAAGCGAAGAGCCAUAAAAUCACUUGAAGCUCAUCCAAAAUGCAAGGCAAAUGCAGAACUAUCCGUUUUGAAAGCAUGGGAGAAAUGUAAUACUGAUUAUUCACCAUUUACAACAAUACCAAAAUAA